CUGUAGAGAGAAGUCUCUUUCGUUCGACAGCGAUUCUUCUUUUAAAUCAAGAAAUUCACUCGUAGAGAGAUGUCUUUGGGUGAAUUUCUCUCUUGUCUUUCGUCCGACAGCGAUAUCCAUCGUUCUUUGUAGUUUUUGCAAGUAAUGUCCUAUUCAAUUUACGUAAUUUCACGCUCGUUACAGAAUGAACGUGCCGGUAGAGCGAGUCGGAGAUCCGUAAUCGUGUCCAUAAUCGUGCGCGAAUUGACGGCGAAAUUGCGAUUUGAAUAAAAGAAGAAAAACAACUAGGGCGUACGAAGAAUCGACCGGAAACGCGCGCUCGGUAUCGUUUGUCUCUCUCUGUCUCCCCCUUUCGACGUCGUUUAUAUAUGCGAGCAAGUAUCUCGCAGAUCCGAGUCGUUUCACCUUCGAGAUGCAAGAUAGAAAUUUUCGACGGUGCAACGUGCCGCGCGAGAGUGACAGUAACGCUUGUAUUUUUAAAUAAUUGUAUCGAUCUCGCCUAUAAUAAAUAAGCUCGAGCCUAAGUGAGGAAAAUGUUGAAGAUUAUUGCGCUCUUGGUCAGUGCUUGGCUCGACGUUAUUCUAUGCGAGACGCAGCUAUCGAAGCACGCUGCAAGCGCAAGUCGAGUGUUAUCUUGUAGGAAUCCGCCUCUAUGUGAUUUAUCGAACACGAUCGAGCCGAGAAAUGACGCGCAGUUUUACUCGGAUUCGCAAACUUUCGCCACGUCGCAGCAGCCCAAUUACCUCCGGCGCAGUUAUUACAGCGGAUUCGGCUCGUUUGCAUCGCCGGCUCAUUAUCACACCUUCGAUCCUAUCAGCGUGCUAGCGUCAUUGGCAUUUUUGGCGUUCUUAUUGCAGUCGUUUGCUUCGCUCUACGAUCGCUCGAGAUCGAUGUUGCCGACGAUAGUCAGUGGUCGGCGACGGUCGUCGGACAUGGACCUGACGAUCCCCGAAAUCUCAACACACGUGUCGCGUGCCUUGCGAAACUACGAAAGUCUCAAUUUGGAUGCGAAUGACUGACACGUUCUCGUUUCUCAUCGUAAGAUGAAAUACAUUUAGCGUUCCUGCAAAUAAUUCUCUUAAAGUUACUCGGAGAUAUCGACACGAUGAGAAUUCUGUAAUGUCAUCUCAACAUACACACACACAUACACGCAUAAGAAAAAUAAAAAAAGAAAGAAAAUAAAACCCAAGUUAUUCUUUCUUUGUUUUCGUCUUGUUUAUUUGACAUUCGAAGUUUGUCCGACAUAAAUCUCCGUAAUUCAAAGUCAACACGCGUAUAGUAUUUUGGUAGUAAUUAUUGCAUUAUACUUUGUCGAUAGAUUACACAAAGCUCUUAGGCAACAUCGAACGAUGUAGUUUCGAAGAACAAACUAACAUUAAAGUGUAUUAUGUAUAAUAAAGUAUAUUAUGCGAGGUUUUAACUAAUCUAGUCCUAAAUGUUGUUUAAAAUUGUACUAUUACGAAGCGCCAUUUACCGUUUCGUCUGCGACCUUUUGAAGUCAACCUCGAAUAAUUUCUAAAAAUAUGUAAUUACAUCAUGUACAAAUUAAGUGAAGCGACACUGCGAAAUUUGUUAUUCUGCUCUUCCUAACAUACACAGAUGUCUGCUUGCACAAUUAUAAAUAUAUAUAUAUAUAUGUA